AUGGCUAUGCCAAGGCAUUGUUAUACUGUCACCAAGUUCCAAAACAGCAAGUCUAAAGCCUUGGAAAUGCAGUGUAAUACCCCCACCUAUGAAGAAUCCAGUUGUGAAAAACAAGUUUGGAAGGGUAAACCGGAAAAAUUGGAAACACAAGAAAAACCGGAAAAUUCAGAAUUAACGUUCGCUGGUGGUCAGUCGUCAGAAUGCGUUUCACUGCGUUUCACUGCGUUCGUCGUCAUUUGCUGCUGUGCCAGUUUUAAUUAUGCCCGUGAUCUCAAGACAGACCAACUGACUGGUGAGUAUGCGGUGCUACGGUCAAAAAGGACAAUCGUGGAAGACGAAGCCCUUGCUAGGGAAUAUCUGUCAGCCCACAAUGAUAAAUCUUCCGAAAUGUGUUACAAGACCAACGUUGCGGAGUGGAGAUUCGCUUCGGACAUCACCGACGAGAACGAACAACUCAAAUUGGAGCAAAGUUUAGUUGCCGCUCGUUUUGAGAAAGAAGCUUGGAAGAAUAUCACCAGUUUCAAUUGGAAACCGUUCACUGACCCCGAUUUGAAACGCAAAUUUAAACUCUUAUCUGUUUUGGGUCCUUCUGCCCUCCCAGAGGGUAAACUAACGCAGUACCGCAAAACAAUUGACGCCAUGGAGAAGAUUUACAGCACGGCCAAAAUCUGUUCCUUCACCAAUCCGGGCGAUUGCGGAAUAAAUCUCGACCCUGAAAUUACGGAGAAAAUGAGCAAAAGUCGCAACUUUGACGAGUUGAAACAUGUUUGGCAGCAGUGGCACGAACAGAGUGGCGGUAAAAUGCGGGAUCAUUAUGAAAAAUUCGUCGAACUCAGCAACGAAGCCGCUCGAAUGAAUAAUUUCAGCGACACGGGAGCUUAUUGGCUACGGAAUUAUGAGUCGGACACAUUCAAGGAAGAUAUCGAGGGACUGUGGCAGACCAUCAGACCGUUUUACCUUCAACUUCACGCCUACGUCCGGGCCAAACUCCGAGCUCAUUACGGAGAAGACAAGGUCCCCAAAAAUCAACCCAUACCCGCACAUCUUCUGGGCAACAUGUGGGGCCAAACGUGGGGCAAUAUCGACGACUUGGUUACGCCAUAUCCAGGGAAAACUUCAAUCGAUGUCACUCCUGAAAUGUUGAAGCAAGGCUACACCCCAAAGAAAAUGUUUGAAAUGUCGGAAGAAUUCUUCACCUCGAUGGGUUUGCUGCCGACUCCGCCCGAAUUUUGGAGCGGAUCCAUCAUCGAGAAACUGGUGGGUAAGGAAAUGGUGUGUCACGCUUCUGCUUGGGACUUUUGCAACGGCAAGGAUUUCAGGAUCAAGCAAUGCACCAAGGUCACCAUGGAGGACUUUAUUGUCGUCCAUCACGAAAUGGGACACAUCCAGUACUUUUUACAGUACAAAAAUCUUCCGCUAGUCUACAGGGAAGGAGCCAAUUCUGGUUUUCACGAAGCUGUAGGCGAUUCUCUAGCCCUCUCUGUCCAGACCACCAAACAUCUUAAGGAAAUAGGAUUAUUAGACAAAUCAACACCCCAAGAUCAGGAAGCGACCAUCAAUUACCUAUUGGCGACAGCUUUGGAAAAAAUCGCCUUUUUCCCAUUUGCGUACAUCAUGGACAAGUGGCGCUGGGAUGUGUUUGACGGGUCCGUUAAAUCGACCGAUUACAAUGGUCAUUGGUGGAAGCUUCGUGAGAAGUACCAAGGCAUCAGAUCGCCAGUAACAAGAUCCGAAAAUGAUUUCGAUCCCGGAGCAAAGUAUCACAUUGCAGCCAACGUCGAGUACAUUCGGUAUUUUGUGAGUUUCGUUAUCCAGUUCCAGUUUUACAAAUCCCUGUGCAUGACAGCCGGACAAUAUGAUCCCCACAAUCCAUCCCAACCACUUCACGAGUGCGACUUCUACAAGAACAAAGAAGCAGGAGCCAAAUUAGGAGCGAUGUUGGCUAUGGGAGCUUCCCGACCUUGGCCAGAAGCGAUGCGAGCCGUCACGGGACAAGAUCGCAUGGACGCCAGCGCUUUCCGUGAAUAUUUUAAGCCCCUGGAGGUGUGGCUGAUAGCCAAGAACAAGGAACUUGGCGAACCUGUCGGAUGGGAUUCAGAUCAGUAAUACUUGGUUAUGGAAACUGAGUUGAAAAUGUUACCCCAAAAAUCCGUUAACUGUUCACCUCAAUUGCAUUGACGUAUUAAGUAUUAAGCGUCACAUUUUGCAAAAUUUGAAGUGACCUAUGUAACCAAGUUUUUUUUUUACCGGAAUGUAUCGAUCUAAAAAGCAAACUGGUUUUGUUAAGAUGCCGGAAUAGAUUUUUAUUUGACAGGAUUUCUGUAUUGCGUUGUAAUAGAACUUUGUGUGGACAUCUGAACUUUGAAUUGGAGUGUCAUCCAAAUAAUAGACAGGUGAACUACA